UCCAUGUUUGGUCGUGCUCUUACAAUUGGAAGAGUUGAGACAUCACUAAACAAUAGCAAGAGUAAUGAGGCCAUGAAAGAAGGAAUGAGGAAAGGCAAGAUGAAGGGAGGAAGUCUUCAAGAUGAGGGAGAUGAGAGAGAAUAUUCAAGAACAAUCAAAGAAAGCUUAGGUGUUGGAGACUUCCUUAACUUCACACUGGAGGAAUCAGAGUGGCUUAAGAAGAUUUUUGGAAGUCUUCACUACCGCAUAGUUUUGAUAAAUGUGAGAGAUUUUGUGCGGUGUAAUAUUACAGCAUAUACACCAGUGGAAGUUGUGCUUGAUAACACUUCCUGUGCCUUCCUUGCUAUCCCUGACCAGAAUGUGCGUAUUGGUCAUGUUGCCCUACACCACAAGAGUAAGUCAUGCCUUGAAUUCUAAUUUAAAUGCUUUCU